AUGUCGUGGCGACCGGUCAAGAACAUCGUGCAUGCUGUGUGCGUGCAGCGAUUCGAAGCGACUCACCCCAACGAUAUUGCCCUCGAGAUCGGCGACGAUGUUUAUAUUACCGAAGUUGGCGGAAUUGCCCAUGAGUGGUGUCGAGGCUGGCUACUGUCGCAACCAUCCAUUAUCACGGGUCUGGAUUGUCAGGAUGGCCAACCAAUCAUGCCACGGGCCUAUGCUGGCAUAUUCCCGCGCAAUUGCAUCGAGGUCCGCGAGGUCCUGACUGAAGACGAUGACGUUGCCGAAGAAGAGAAAGGACAAUUGGAUACUGCACAGGCGAAUGGUGGUGCUCAGAAUGGUCACGAUCCAUUGGAGCUAUCGAAGAAUACACCGCGUAGGGGAAAAUCAAAGAGGAGGACACGCUUGCUUCCACACAAACCCAACAAUGCCCAUCUGCUGCCCGUGGACGUGCAGCCAAGACCGGUGGGUGCUCUCAAAGAAGAAGCUCCUCUGCCUGCUCUUCGCAUUGGCGAUGCGACUCCCUUCUCUGGUGAAGAGCCACUGGUCGACGAAAUCUCGUCAUGCCUGCGCGAGUGGCAUUCCACCCAUGUGCACCAGUUGAUUCUAAACCACGAGUACGACCUGCUGGAAAAGCUCUCCGAUCUGGCUGGCAGACUGGACAAUGCACGCAAACAACUAAUACACGACCUUUUGACCGAGAAAGAGCUGGCAGCUCUAAGAGAGCGGACGGUCUGGGACUUGGUCGAUGGAAACAAGCUGCUUCAAGGAGAAGUUAUCGUACGAAGUCCUCAGGAGAAAGGUCGAAUUCUUACCGCACAGGACAGCAUCACGGAAAUGCUCGAGUUACAGGCGCUCAUGAGCAUGCGCAAUAGACCUCCUCCACCACCUGCUCAAGAAUCUUUGCUUUCACAUUUGCUGGUUGAUCUACAACAAACUGGUGAUCUGAGUGGCGAGCCGGGUGUAUUGCAUAUGUAUCUCUGUCGUCAAGCAUCUGAUGCUGUGCCGCGUGCUGUGUCUGAGGUUUUUGCUGUUGAAGUGCCUUUCGAUCGUCAUUCCCUCGAGAGUCUCGCACCAAAUCAGUUGCCAAAAACUUUGUUCACAGAUUUGACCAAGGCUGAAAUAGGCAGUGCGACUGACCCUAGCUCUCACCUGUAUCUGGUGUGCCUGCUUCAUCGAGAAGAAGCUCCCCGAAAACGAGUCAUCGUACCUUCCCAACCAUUGCCACCAGCAGACCGACCAGAAUCUCACAGCCGUUCAGAAAGCACAGGAGCGCGUCGUAGCUUCCUUUGGGGCAGUCAACGUGGCCGCAAAAAUCUUGAAAGAAGUACUUCUCGAGAUCAAGCACGACCGCCAACUCGAGAAUCAUCACGGUCGAAAAUGAGAGGCAGGCCACAGACACCUGUUGUCACAGACGCACAAGGACGACCUGCAACAUCAGAAAAGAAGCUAAGGCGUGUCGUUGGAUAUGGCGCAGUUGAGAUUGGCGAGCUCAUCCGUCAACAUGGCAAUAACGUUCACAAUAUCUCGCUCUGGACUCCAGCUGAGGCUUUCGAAGAAGUCAUCGAGGAGCCUGUUGUCGGUGCAGAUGGCUGGGAAGACGUUAUUAAGAACCUUCUUCGCAGUCCAAUGGGCACCUUCACCAAAGCGCCCUCAAUUGGCAAGUUUCAGCUGGACCUGCGUGCCUUCGCUCAUCCAAACUCUGACGUGCUCAUCAAAGACAAUCCUGCUCUGCUGAGGGAUGUUUACUGCACACAAGCACUUAACCUGUCUUCUGGUUCCGCGCAUCAACGCAGCGAUGUUUACCUAACCAUCAAGGAGCCUAUCCUACCAUCUGGUGCUCACUGCUUCCACCCGCAGGACGGCAGUGUCGCUGUUUUUAAUGAAGCGGACUUGAGGAACCUUCAGCUGACUCUUGAAGUGCGAACCGAGGCUGGAAAUCGCAUUGAGAACUCGGUUUGGCCAACAUCAAAUCGCCCACCUCAUACUGCUUACAGAACUUCGGCUAUUGACCGUAGCGAGAUCUGGAAUCAAACCAUCCGUCUGUCAGUUCCCAACGAAGACCUACCUCAUGCUCAUGUCGUUCUUAGCAUUGCAGAGGGAAACCAAUUCCCCUUCGCACUGGCCUGGAUACCUCUAUGGGAUCACCAAGGUGCUGUGUGUACUCAUGGUCAGCAAACACUGGCUCUGUGGGAUUACAGCGAAUACACUGCAAGUACGGUUCAUGGUAGGGGUGCCUACCAGAUGCUGCCAUCACGUCUUGACCAGCUUCAGGUACAGGACAAUACUCCAAUGGCUGCGUUGUUGGUAGAUGUUACGCUUAGCAGCAGUACCACUCCCCAGGAUCCGACCAUCAGCUCACUCCUCCAAUGGGACGGGACGACAGUACAGGGUCUUAUGCCUCUAUUGGGUGGCUUCAAGCAGGCUCCUGAUGCUGAGAUUGUCAAAUUCUUCAAGCCGCUGUUGACAGCGCUUGACAAGAUAUUUGAUGUCUUCUACCGUGUGGCUGAUGACACUGGGACGGGAGUCAGCCUUGGAGAAAAUUUCACUGAGCGGGCGUUGUCAUGUCUAGUUCACAUGCUGCAUCUAACACGCGAUCGUCGGUUCAGUAGUACGAAAGAUCUAUUUGACGAAUACGUCCAGGAGCGUCAUCACUCGCACGAUGCUUCCAAGGGCGUGUGCAGGGCUUUGCGUGCCUUCAUUAGCAGACCUUACGAAGUCGAGGAUGCACGAGAGCUUCGCAGUACCUUGAAGGUCUCUGGCCAAGUCAUGAAAUUCGUCACUAAUCGCGGCGAAUCCGGAUCGCCACGCAGCACUGCGUCGUUAGGCAAUGCUGUAUCUUCCGUACUGGUGGCAUUGGUGAAUUUGAUGCGCAAUCCAAGAGAGGAUCUCUACGGAACUCAGACGAUCCUCAUGCAACAUUUCUCUUCAUGGCUUCCUGAGCUCGCUUACGUCAUGGCUGCUGAUGAUAUACUGGAUGUCGUCGACGGCAUGAUGAAUGCAUCGGCCGGCAAGAAAGGCGGUCUGCGCAUUCAUAGACUGAUCAUGGUCAAGGAGUUAUCUGGCCAACAGACGUUCUCUUCUCCCGAUGCUUUGCUCAAGCUUCAUGCCUUGACGAUAGGAUGGCUUGAAGAUUAUUGGCCAGAUACAUCCAACCUGACCGAGCAAAAGAUAGAAGGCGUCAGAAUGUGUUGCUCAAUUCUACGCACCCAGCAAGCUCAGAUUUCCAACUCUGCACAGUCUCUACACUACAUCUGGAGACUUGUAGAGGCCUAUCACAUCAUCAAUGAGUACCUGAAAAGUGGCGGUGACGGGAGAGUGUCCUCCCUGUCCAUCAACAGGUCAAAAAAGUCUCUCUCGUACCUUUUCCCGGACCAUUAUCCCUUCCUGAGCAUGUCUGUGGAUACGUCAAGUGUGCCCUCUGAGGUCUUGAUGGAAAUUGCCGCCAUACUGGACUCUUUCUUCCAGAGAGGGCCACCACAAGGGCAGCUUUUCAUGAGUGGAACUCCCUCCGACUCAAAGACCAUGCAGCAAGAUUUCUUGGCCAAGGCUUUCAAGGUGCUCAAAUCGGUUCAUAAUGGAGAGGCAUACCCUACCCAGUGGCUCAGUCUGCAUGUCACUCAUGCAAAGGUCACGAUCACUGCUCUCCAAUGGUUGCUGGAGAUGUUAUCCACAAAUUUUGUGCCUCCUGAGGACGACAGCGGCGUCAACGAUGUAAUGGAGUUCAAUCCCGAUCUGUGGGAGAUUUGGUUCCAGAUAUUGAUCGACCUUGCCCUCGGCAGAAUGGUGUCUAUGGAAACCUUUACCGAACAGACAAGACGGGCCAUCUGGACGAUUGGUGGUGACAUCCGCGCAAACGCUGCCGAUUUGCUACAGAAAGGCUGGGCCUGUUUAGGCUGGCAGGCUCCGCCAGAGUACCUUCAAGUGCUCUAUCCCAUGAACCGAGUUGGAGGAUACCAAGUGGGCCUGUCGACCGAGAUCAUUCCAUCUGUUGUCAGACUUUGUAUGGGGCUUCACGAUCAAUUGCAAUCUGUCGGUCUUGACAUAUUGCGAUCUAUCAUCGUCAGUGAAUGGCAGUUGAACGAGAAUCUGGUUGUGGUUCAAGCAGCCAUCAUCAAUGCCUUCGACACCAUGCAUCGCGAAGAUCACGCAAUGCAAAGCCCAUUCGCAUCCGCUUUCCUGGAACGACUCGGAAAGCACUUUGUCAUCAUCAAGAACACCGAGCUGAACGUGCUUUACGAAGCAUUGAUGAGUGUUAUUGUAGAAGUGGGCCGAUUGUUCAAUGUAUUGGCUGAUCUGGGAGACGUGAGAGACCCAGCUUCGCGCAUGGUUCAGCUACUUCGUCUUAUGGAGUUCCUACGAUUGAGUGGUCAAGAGGAAGCAUACGUGUGCCGUAUUCACGAGCUUGCCGAACUUCAUGUCCAGGCUAGGAACUACUCCAGCGCAGCAUGCACUCUGAAUCUGCAUAUCGAGGUAUUGAAUGAGAGUCAGCCUUCCAAAGCACUCGCCGCAGCAAAGGUACCUGGGCUCGAAACUCCUGCAGAGUUGGUGCAAUCACGAAAAGACCGUCUUUAUCGGACAAUAGCAACGUACUAUGAGAAGGGUUACUGUUGGGAGAACGUUCUCAAGACCCUCAAACAGCUUGCUGCAGGACGUGAAGCUACUUGGGACGCUGCUGGCAUUGCGCAAGUUCGCUUCGAUGAGGCACGCAUCUAUAACACUCUUGCUGCCGGACCGGUACCACUUCCUCGUUUCUUCCAUGUCGCUUUCAACAAUCAUGAACUCUUCCCAGAUUCUGUACGUGGUCAGCACUUCAUCUUUGAAGGUCCUGCAAAUUGUGACAGGAAGAGUUUCUCGGCGUUGCUCCAAGCGCAGUAUCCAUACGUUUCAAAUCUGGGACCAGACUAUACGCAUCCCACAUCGUCGUCGCACGACCCUGCUGUCAAGAUCAGUCCUGUCACUGUGUACAAAAAUCAGUUGCAUCCUAUCAACCAGCAAGGCGGGGUCGCGCCAGGUUUCAGAGAACACUGUCUGACCGCUCACCCCAUAGCGUUUGCAAUGACGAGCCGCCAUGAUAAUCCAUCUGUCAGCGUAGUCGAUCAAGUUGUGGAGAAGACGGUAUUCUACACCCAAACUGCGUUCCCUACCGUAUUGUCCUACAGCUCUAUCAUACGGGAAGAGAGGGUAGUCUUGACACCGGUGCAAGCAGCUAUCGAUCGCACUCAGCGAAAGACGUUGAACGUUGCAGUCGCAACUCAUUCUGCUGCCAGCAAAGGAGAAUCGCAUGUAGAGCCACUGAUCGAGACUAUCCACUCGAGCGUGGACACAAACACAAGUGGUAGUGUGGCCGAGUAUCACAGAUUGCUCGAAUCGAUUUCAUCCCGUCCGGGGACAGGCAGUACCGCUAAUAACACCAUGGCCGAAGUCCAAAGUAUCUACCACGACGCCUUUGGCGAGCCAAAAACUAAAGAUUCACAACUUCGAGACAUCCUGAUGGUCUCACUCGAGGACCACGCGCGCAGCAUCGAACUUGCCAUGUCUUCUCCUUUGAUCCCUACACACAUCAAGGAGAUGCUACGAACAAGCUUCGAAGACAGCUUUUUGUUGGAGCUGCAUUCCAUAUAUCCUUCGAGGGAUUGGCGGGUGAGAUCUGCGGCAUGGCAGGAUACAGAAGUGCCGCAGAUGCCUGCGUCGAUGAGGGAAAGAGCACCAAGUGAUGUCUUGACUAUCGACACACAGCACACUGAGCAGACGGUACACAAGCCUAGAAGUCGGCGCGCCUCUAUUAAAAAGAGAUUGAGCUUCUUGAGUCUAGGAAGCAAGGACAAGAGUGGUGAUGGUGGGACGAGGAGCCAUAGCAGGGCAAGCAGUCGGACCAGGUUUUAA